UCGGGAGAUUCUCCCGUCGUCUUCUGGGGGCGGGGCGGGGCGGAGCCAGCAAACGGUGAAGCGGGCCAGGCCUGCCCCUCUUUUCUGUAGAAGCCGAAGAACCCUCGCAGAUUUUGAUUCCCUACUCUAGAACCAGUAUCUAGAUCACCAUGGCAACUGGACAGAAGUUGAUGAGAGCUGUUAGAGUUUUUGAAUUUGGUGGACCAGAAGUGCUGAAACUCCUGUCGGAUGUUGCAGUACCAGUUCCAAAGGACCAUCAGGUUCUAAUCAAAGUCCACGCAUGUGGUGUCAACCCAGUGGAGACAUAUAUUCGCUCUGGCACUCACAAUAUAAAACCAGUCUUACCCUAUACUCCUGGUUCAGAUGUGGCUGGGGUGGUAGAAGCUGUUGGAGAUGAUGUAUCUGCUUUCAAGAAAGGUGACAGAGUUUUCACUACCGGCACGCUCUCCGGGGGCUAUGCAGAGUAUGCUCUUGCAGCAGAUCACACUGUUUACACGCUGCCAGGAAGACUGGACUUUAAACAAGGAGCCGCCAUCGGUAUCCCAUAUUUUACUGCGUACCGAGCUCUGUUCCACAGUGCCCAGGUGAAAGCUGGAGAAAGUGUUCUGGUUCACGGGGCCAGUGGAGGAGUUGGACUAGCAACAUGCCAGAUUGCUAGAGCUUAUGGCUUAAAGGUUUUGGGCACAGCUGGUACUGAGGAAGGACAAAAAGUUGUUCUGCAAAAUGGAGCCCAUGAAGUGUUUAAUCACGGAGAAGUUAAUUAUAUUGAUAAAAUUCAGAAAUCUGUUGGUGAAAAAGGAAUUGAUGUGAUUAUUGAAAUGUUAGCUAAUGUAAAUCUUCGUAAUGAUUUGAAUCUUCUGUCACGUGGAGGACGAGUAAUAGUUGUUGGCAGCAGAGGUCCCAUUGAAAUAAUCCCACGAGCCACCAUGGUAAAGGAAUCUAGGAUAAUUGGAGUUUCUGUCUAUUCAUCAACCAAGGAGGAAUUUCAGCAGUAUGCAGCAGCCCUUCAAGCUGGGAUGCAAGUUGGUUGGUUGAGCCCUGUCAUAGGUUCUCAGUAUCCACUGGAGAAGGUGGUCCAAGCUCAUGAAGAUAUCAUUCACAGCAGUGGGGCUAAGGGAAAGAUGAUUCUUCUCUUAUAAUGAUUAAUUCUC